ACUGCGCCACGAGGGAAGCUCCCAAGUGCCAUUUUUUGAUGGGCUUUUGAGAACCAGUGGCUAAAACUCACCAAUAGGAACUUCACAGUUUAAGAUUGUGCGUGCUUUUACAAAGUCAAAUAAUAUGAAAUAUUUAUUCCAAUUACAGUCAAUCCACAUCUCAUUCCAUCUAGUAAAAAUUUUUUUUUCUAUUUCCCUUUAAUAAAAAAAAUGCUUUAUUUAAACUUACACUGAAAAAGUUUCUCUGGCAACUUCAAUGUGCGAGAAGGUGUUACAGUUUUCCAAAAUAUUUGUAGGCGCUACGCCGGCAAAUGCGUCUCGCUUUCAAAGCUCGCGAAGGUGUUCUGCGCUGCCCUGGGUUCGGUUUUGCGCGGUUCCCAAGCCGCCGGCACCGCUCCACGCGGAGGCGAGAAAGUGCGCGACUCCGAGACGCUGUGGACCCGCCCCUCCGCGGCGGGGGCGUGGCUCCCCGUGACCGCCUGGCCCUGGGCUCCUCCUCCGCGCCGCGUUUGCUGAGUUCCCGCCAGACGGUUAAGUUUCAUUUCCAAUCGCCACUGCUGGCCACUCCUCCUAAGGCCUUUUCCCGAAGCCGAGUCUUCUCCCUCUGGGGAGCCGAGAGCGCCAGCCAUGACCUCGCGGCGCGGAAAGGCGACGGGAGCAGCUUCGCGGGCGGAAGCCGCCGCCCCCAGGGUCUCGGCGCCGCGUGUGAAGGGCGCCCGGACCGAGCCUAGAGAGUCCCCGGCCGUCCCUGAGGCCGCCCGGCCCAGCGCGCGGAGGUGCGGCCCCGCCAGGCCGUCGGGAUCCCGGAGAGAGAAGAGCGGCCCGGACCCCCAGGAGAAGCGGCAGGUACGCGCGCGGGCUGCCCGCGCCGAGGACCAGGCGGAGGGUCCGGCGGCUCGGACCGAAGGGGUGAUGCCUCCCGCGGCCCCGGCGCCGCCCCUUCCCAGGCCUGCAUCUCGCCGCGAGGGCACCGCGCGCUCCGCUCGGGAGCGGAGACCCCAGCCCGGGCCCACGGAGGUCCCCGGCCCGCUGGUCCCAGUCCCCAGUCUCGGGCGCGGGAAAGAGGCGCCCGGCGCCUGGAAGCCCCGAGCGGUACUGGAGAAGUUGAGGCUGAGCCGCCAGGAAAUCUCUGCGGCGGCGGAGGUGGUGAACAGGCUCACGGACCACCUGCUGCGGAGACUGCAGCGCUGUGAGUCCGAGUUCAAAGGCGUCGCGCUGCUGCGCACCGGGAGCUACUACGAGCACGUGAAGAUUUCUGCUCCUAAUGAAUUUGACGUUAUGUUCAAACUGGAGGUCCCCCGAAUUCAGCUAGAAGAAUAUUACAACAGUGGUGCUCAUUACUUUGUGAAGUUCAAAAGAAAUCCCAAAGGAAAUCCUCUGGAUCAGUUUUUAGAAGGGGAAAUAUUAUCAGCUUCUAAGAUGCUGUCCAAGUUUAGGAAAAUCAUUAAGGAAGAAAUUAAAAAUAUUGAAGACACAGAUGUCAUGGUGGAGAGGAAGAAAAGAGGGAGCCCUGCAGUAACACUUCUGGUUAGAAAACCUGAAGAAAUAUCUGUGGAUAUAAUCCUGGCUUUGGAAUCUAAAAGCAGCUGGCCUGCUAGCACCCAGGGAGGCCUGCCCAUCAGUAACUGGCUUGGAGCAAAAGUUAAGAACAAUUUAAGACGGCAGCCAUUUUACCUCGUACCCAAGCAUGCAAAGGAAGGAAGUGGUUUUCAAGAAGAAACAUGGCGUCUGUCCUUCUCUCACAUUGAAAAGGAAAUUUUGAAAAAUCACGGACAAUCUAAAACAUGCUGUGAAAUUGAUGGAGUGAAAUGUUGCAGGAAAGAGUGUUUAAAACUAAUGAAGUAUCUUUUAGAACAACUGAAAAAAAAGUUUGGAAACCGAAAAGAAUUGGAUAAGUUCUGUUCUUAUCAUGUGAAAACUGCCUUCUUUCACGUCUGUACCCAGGACCCAGAUGACAGUCAGUGGCACUCCAAGGAUUUGGAGCUCUGCUUUGAUAACUGUGUGACAUACUUUCUUCAGUGCCUCAAGACAGAACAACUUGAGCAUUAUUUCAUUCCUGAAGUCAAUCUCUUCUCUCGAGACGAUAUUGACAAGCCAAGUAAAGAAUUUCUGUCAAAGCAAAUUGAAUAUGAAAGAAACAAUGGAUUUCCAGUUUUUGGGGAAUUUUGAAAUUAUAUUUUUAAAAAGAAGAAUUAGAGUGACUUUAUAAUCAUUGAAAUGCGUCACAGCGAUUGACUAAAAUGAAUGUAAAUGAUUAUUCAGCUCUCCGUUUCUCUUCAUAAACUCUAAUCAAUAUAAAAGGAUGGAUUAUCCUAGGAAACAGAUGAUUCAAGGAAUAAGAAGCAAAGGAGUAUUUAAAAUAUAAAAGCUUUACCAGAGUGGCAUGAAGAGAAGGACAAAAUACAUAUCACCUCAAUUAAAUUCAUCAAGCACUGACUGAACACCACUUCUCACCUAGCACAGAUGUGUGGAAGGAGGCAAGAUCAUUGCCUCCACGAACUGGUAGGUUUUGUUUAACAUACAAAUAUGUUUGGAAGCCAUGUCCUGUCCUAUGUGUUAGGACAGGUAAGAAGGAAAUGAAAAAAUAGGUUCUGUGUGUCCCAGGAAAUUCUUAAUCUUUCAUAGAAAAAUAUAGGAUACUUUUCUACACAUGGCUAAAUAUAAAACAUAACUUACUUUCUUUUAUUUUAAGUAAUACUUUUAUAUGUAUUUCUGAAAAGGCAAUACAUACAUGGUACAAAACUCAAAGAAAAGGGUGUGGAAUAAAAUGUCACCCUCUCUCCUCUGCACUUAGGCAGCAUUCAGCUUGAGGCAGUUGCUGUCUGUUAACUUUUUCCUAUUCAGAUAUUUUGCACAUUUUCUUAUUGGCUUUUUUAUUGUUUUCUCAUUGUCAUCUUGUUGUCAUUCUCAUAUCACGAAUAACUUCUGUGUAGACUGUCUAUACCAAUUUUUGUGUCUUCUAGUGAGAAAGGUUUUUUUUUUGUUUUUUUUUUUUUUUAGUGAGAAAGGUUUUAAAAUUUAAAUUUUGAAUGUAUCAGUCUUCUCCUUUCUGCUUGUGCAUUUUAUGUAUCUUUAACAACCUAAUGUGUUUGAACGUACUAAAAGUUGGACAUUUGGAGGAGAGUUUUGGGGACAUUGUGUGAUAAAUAAACAGAAACUUAGGCAAACAAAAAAAUCCAAGCUACUUUUAACUCCAGGAAAAAAUGUAUGUGUGCAAGAAAAGAAAACUAAUCAUAGUCUAAUUUGAGAAUAUUGCUCAACUGUAUUUGUGAAGUCAAAGUAAUAUUAUAACUAUUGACUAUUAACCUUAUCAGGAUUAUGAUUAGUUGUAUGGAGAGGAUAGGGCCUGAGUGCUUGUGAGUGACGGUGGUAGAGGGGGUUGGACUAUAUUAGUUUCCUACAACUUACCACAAACUUCGUGGCUUAAAACAGUACACAUUUAUUAUCUCACAGUUUCUGUGGAUUAGGAUUCUGGGCAUGGUUCUGCACAGGGUCUCACAAGGCUUCAGUCAAGGUGUCAGUUGGGGCUGCAGUCUUAUCUGAGGCAUAACUGGAGAAAGAUCCACUUUAUUGGCAGUAUUCAGUUUCUUACAGUUUUAAGACUGAGAACUUCAGUUACUGUUGGCCAGAGAUUGCCCUCAGCUGCUAGAAACUGCCUUCAGUUCCCUGCCAUGUAAACCCCCAGCAUUGGCAGCCCAUAACAUGGCAGCACUUCAAAGCUGGGAGAGAGGGAGACACUCCAGCAACAGGGUGCAACGGUCUUAUUUAACAUAAUUGCAUACACGUGAUCAUGUACAUCCCAUAACCUUUACCAUAUAACUGGUUGGAAGCGAGUGACUGGUCCCACCCAUGCUCAAGGGGAGGGGGAGUCACUUAAGAGUGUUAUGUCAGUUUAAACAACUGUAUAGUUAGGGGGAAAACACUACCCACAAGACUACUCUCACUUCUGACAUCAGUCGCAGUUUCAGGAGAUUCUCCAAAUCAUUCUCAGGUUUGAUAAUUCACUAGAAAGACAAAACUCAACUGAAACCAGUAUAUUCAUGGUUACAGUUUAUUACAGACUAAGGAUAUAGGUUAAAAUUAGCUAAGGGAAAAAGCACAUAAAGCAGAGUCCAUGAUGGUACCAAACACAGGCAUUCUUUUUUUCCCUGGGGAGCCAUGGAUACAUUUUAUCUCUUGGCAUCAAUGUAUAACAAUACACAGGGAAUAUUGCCGACCAGGGAAGCUCACCUAAGCUGCAGUGUUCACAGUUUUUAUUGGAGCUCAGUGGUUGGCUUGAUUUAAUGCUGUUUUUCAGUUUUGGUAUCAGUUAUCUUAGCUUUAUGAGUUGAAGAGUUUUUCAACUUUUCAUCUUUUAUUUCCAGAGGGUAUGCCAGAUUUACCCUCUUGAAAGCCCUUGAUUACUUUUCCUGUUUCUUCUGUUUUACUUAUUCAGCUUAACUACCUGAGUUAAUUUUACUAAUUUAGGAAAAUAUAGUCACACUUGUGAAUUCAUAUUUGACAUACAGUGUUCUUACUAAAGAAUCAGCUGUUGGUUUUCACUGAACACUGUAUUUUCAAAUUUGUUAAUUUCUGCUUUUACCUUUCUUCCUUUCUUUUCUCCUAUCAGUCUUCCUAUCAGUAAUACCAGGAAAUUAUUAUUGCAUAAAUGAAUAAUGUAGGAUUAGGUGAUGAGGGCCUAACUAAUUAUACACAAAUAUAAAUACUAAAUGUUAAUAUGAGUAAUUAUCAUAUAGGGAACAGAACACUGUACACAUAAGGGAAGGUAGGGGAACAUGAUUAGUCAAAGAAGCUUUCAUGGACAUCAGUUUACCUAGGAUUUGUUUCAGCAUGGAGUGCUACGCUAAAAUGUAAGAAACAGCCGUUGUGUAUUUUGGUCCCAUGAAAUCCUUUUACUGUUUCAUUUCAAAGUAGGUUAAGUAUAAGAAAAGUACCAAGGGACUUACCUGGUAGUCCGGUGGUUAAGAAUCUGCCUUCCAAUGCAGGGGAUGCGGGUCCAAUCUCUGGUUGGGGAACUGGGAUCCCACAUACAGGGCAACUAAGCCUGUACGCCACAA